UUUGCCACAGGGAACUGAACAAGGCGCUUGUAACAGAUGACGAAGCUGGAUCGUACCGGGUACUAUCGCUUGUCUGCAGACAGAUGUACGACGAGACUUGUUUAUUACCAUACACCUGUAACUCUUUCGGCUUCACAUCAAUGAGCGCCUUGAGAACCUGGACGUCAAGCCGCCUCCUCAUACACUUACGGCAAAUCAAGGUGUUAAAAACUCCACCAGUUUUUGAUCGCGCAUACUUCAAGCAGUCGUACUACAGAUUCACAGACCUAUUCCCACACCUUGAAGUAUUUUACGUCGACCUAUGGAAUGCCCGGUAUUCUAGCGAAAUGAAUGGCUGGGCAACCGACCAGAUUGAGCAGGACAUUCAGCAGAGGACUAAAGUACUGUUGCAAAGGGAGAGGAGUGGCCUGAUGAUUGUCGUUACUGACUACGCAAACCUCGGUCUGACUGGGACAAACAUCCUCCAGGAGGUCUGAGAAAAUUGGAGACGGCAAUGACUGCCAAAAGGGGGUUACAAAUUAGAAGUGUCUGCAACACAACCGAGUUGUCAUUACUGUGUUUAAGGGACAUGGCCGGAUUCUGCCCAGGUGCGGAG